GGUGAUACCGGCGACGUCUAUUGUGUGCAUAUAUAUAUACACGCUACCGUGUUCUUUCCGACCGCAGUCUCGUUCGAGCUAUUUUCUUAAUUACAAGCAGUAAUACUCUCUUAUCGUGUCUCACGUGAAACGGCCAAUUGAUUCAUCGACAGGAACCAGUGACACGUUGCUACACGACUCAAAAAUGAGCCUAUCCGCAACGUUCGGACUUAUCCUGAUCUGUUUCCAUGCCUUGGCAAUUGAGACGAACGGUUAUCAUAUACAAGAACAUGCUGCAUACGCUACCUCCAUUAAGGGAUUCAUUGAGAGCUUGAAACCCAUAAUAAGGUCGGGGAAUGAGUCGCUCGGAAUCCCGCCUCUCGACCCGUUCCUCGCCGAGGAACUGCCGAUUGAAGUCGACCUCGAAGAUGUAGUCAAAGUGAAGUUGGAUCUCUUUGACGUCGACGUGCGUGGCUUGUCCGAGUUCGAUGUCAACAAAGGCGAGUUCGAAAUGCUCAGUAUGAAGUUAGUGAUAGACCUCACGUGGCCGCUUGUGUACGCGACCGCUAAUUACAACAUAAAUGGCACUCUGGGCGGGGAGAUGCCGAUUUUCGGCAAGGGCGACAUCACAGCGGGAGUUAAGGGCUUUAAUUUCUUCACGGAAAUUAGUUUCAAACUAAAGAACUUGAAAUAUGUGGAAGUGAAGAACAUAAUAUUGAAGAUUGCACUCGGAGGUCUAGACUUCAAAAUUACGGGUCUCUUCAACGAUGAAGAACUGUCCGAAUUGGUGAGCUCUAUGAUUUCGGAAAUGGUGCCCGAUCUAAUCAAGGAAAAUCACGAUGAGAUCGUAGGCUACAUAAUACCUAUCCUCAAAGACAAAAUCAACGAAAUCCUCGAGGGUAAAACGAUCUCAGACAUAAUCAAAAUAAUCGGGGGAUAUUCACAGGAAAAUCAGAUUAAAUUAAUCAAUGGUGUGUAAUGUAAAUAGUACAACUAUUAAGAACAAGUUUUAGAAACACGACACGAAUUCAAAUGAUAUCCAUCGACCAAACUAUGUUGUGUAAAUUAUGAAUUCAG